CGCGCACGGACCUGCUGGCCACGUCUCAAAACUACACAGUGCGUGUGGCCGCAGGAGCACGGGCACAGCCGCUCUUCACAGCCGCUCUCCUCUGCGCGCACGGUAACGGGACGUCGAGUGUGGAAACACGACAGGGACCUUGUGUUUGUGUGAAAACAGAGCCUGAGGGACCCAUGUGAGCUGCUCCUAUCCAGACUGUCCAAUCAGCACUGCUCCUGCCCAAACCAUCCAAUCAGCACGGCUUCUUCAGCCCAGUUCACAUCUUCAUCAAAGAGAUCGUCACAUGCACCCUUAAUGAUGAAGGCUUUGUUUGGACAGCUGACAUCUUGGCUCAUCUCCAUCUGACUGCUCCAGGAUCCUGCCAUCAGACAGCUGGGACUCAGACAUGCCUCGCUGCAGACUCAACCUGAGCACUAUGAUCUUCCUGGUCAUCUUGCAGGGGGCAGCAGUGGUGUUGUUCUGUGGCUGGUAUGUACAACUCAGCCCCUGUGGCCCCAUCCCCUCCCAUGGGAAGGUCCAUGUGCUGCUGCUGUCGUCAUGGCGAUCUGGCUCCUCCUUCUUGGGACAGGUGUUCAGUCAGCACCCAUCUGUGUUCUAUCUGAUGGAGCCAGGGUGGCACGUGUGGACCACGCUGCAGCGGCCCGGGGCAAAGGCCCUCAGGAUGGCUGUCCGCGACCUGCUGCGCAGCACCUUCCACUGUGACUUCUCCACCAUGGAGGCCUAUCUGCCCCGACCACAGAACAUGUCCAGCCUGUUCAUGUGGAGCCACAGCCGGGCAUUGUGCUCGCCCCCAGCCUGUCCUCUCACCCCGCGCACUCACUUCAGUAACCAGACAGUAUGCAAUCUCCAGUGUUCCAAGCAAAGUCUGGCUGGAGCAGAGCGCGCCUGCCACACGUACAGUCAUGUGGUGCUGAAGGAGGUGCGCUUCUUUGAGCUGGAGUCCCUCUACCCUCUACUGCAGGACCCUGGGCUGGACCUACGCAUUGUGCACCUGGUGCGGGACCCCCGAGCCGUCAUGCGCUCCCGAGAGGAGUCGUCCAAGUCCUUCACCAGCGACAAUGGCAUAGUUCUAGAGCAGAGGAACGUGUCUGCAGCAGAUGUCCAGUACCAGGUCAUGCAGGAGAUCUGCCACAGCCACAUACGCAUCAAGGAGACAGCGUUCCAAAAGCCCCCGCCCUUUUUAGAGGGCCGCUACAAGCUGGUGCGCUAUGAGGACCUGGCUCGCAGCCCACUGGAGGAAAUCAGUUCCAUCUAUGACUUUGUCGGUCUAGAGAUGACUUCCACUUUGGCGGAGUGGAUAUACAAAGUGACACACGGCAAAGGCAAAGGUACAAUAAAGGAGGCUUUUAAAAUCACAUCUCGAAAUGCUGUGGACGUGUCUCAGGCGUGGCGCACCACUCUGCCUCACAGUAAAGUGCGGCGUGUGCAGGACGUGUGCCGCAGAGCCAUGUCUACGCUGGGCUAUCGGCCCGUCAACAGCGACAAAGAGCAGAAGAAACUGGACAUUGACCUAUUAGUGCCUCGUGAGCCCUACCGCUUUAGCUGGUUACCACCCAACACUGUGCCGCCAAAGAUAAAACCUUAAAAAGGGAUUUCUCCUCCUCUCUGCCAGGCUAGAACUGUACUGGACCAGACCUCACAAAAAUCAAAAUACUGAUUAUGUUAUCUGUGUUUUUUGUGUGCUCAAAAGUGUAGCUUCUUACUGAUUUGUGACUUUGGUGUAUACAUCCUCCAUAUGUAAGCUCCCAGGCUAGGUUUGUUUCUAUGAAAUCUUAAUUUGUUUUUGAUGUGUGUGUUCAUUGUAGACUUGCAAAAGCUAAACCUAAAAGCAGCAGUUCACACAUUUUUCUGUUAACUUAGAUCAUCAGCACACUUCACAUUUACAUUGGCUCUGUACUGCUACCAAGCUUCAGUAAUAAUGCAUGUCCAUGUACUGUCUGAAACUGGUUUGGAAAUCGGUUUCUGUUUUUGUGUGUUUUGUUUUUGCUGUUGUUGUUGUUAUUUUUGUUUUGUUUUGUUAUUUUAUUAUUAUUAUUAUUUUUUUUUUACAAAUGAGUGGACCAUUUUCUAAGGCAAUAGUUGAUGUAUGGGCUAGGGUGUUAAGGUGGGGGGGCACAUAACAGAUAUAGAUGUAUACAUAUUCAAUGAUGUUUAAAUUGUGGCAUCAUAGUAUAUGAAGAAAGCAUGCUGUGAAAAGUUAGUUCAAACUUUUAAAAAUGAAAUAUUAUCAAAGUUCUUGCUAUCUUUUUCAGGAACACCAUUCCUCAAUAAGAUCCUCUCCAGGUCCUUCAUAUUGUGGUCCAUGCUGAUAAACUCCCCCAUUUAGUUUUCACGGAACUGGAAUGGAGGAGGCACUAGCUUUUUAUUUUGUGGCAAAUUAAAGUAAAGAGUAGAGGACAAAUCCUAGCUACACUUUCUCAAACCACACCAUUUACAAACAUGAAGUGUAUUUUCUGCUUUACUAAAACUAUCAUGGAUUUAGUCAACCACCUUAGCAUGAUGGUUUUUUUGUACAUUCAAUCAAUCAGUAUAAUUGUAUUUGCCCCCAAGGGGCAAUUUAAGCACAUUCAGCCUUAAAAUACAAUAAUAAUAGAAAAACUCACACAGAAGUCUGAGUGGAGAUCAACAGGUAGGGUCAUGAGAUCCAAUAUCAGGGCAGUGUGGGGGGAGUAACAGCCCACAGGACAACAAAGUCCUUGUGUAUCUUCUGUGUCCUGCAGCAUCAAAGCAGUGGCCAUGGGGAGCCAGGUGGACUCUGGGCACACAACAGGAAAGUCUCUUCCAAGCCUCACAUAGAAACCACAGGUUAAAACUUAAACAAAAAAAAUGAAAUAUUAAGAGUGAAUGAAGAAAUAUUAUUAAGAAUUAAUAUGAACUGCACCGUUUGAACUAAAACUUUUACUAAAAAUAUUUUUUGUCAAAAGAAUAAGACAAAAAACAAAUGUACAAUUUCUUGGCAAAAUUAACACUGCUUCUGAGGAAACUUUCUGAGCCCAAACUCCAACGCUCUCAAAGAUUCACUGCUGGAAAUCUGCAAAGUCAAACCAGUCCAAGGUGCAAACUUGCAGCUGAUGGUGCAUACAAGUUUUUUUUUUUUUUUUUUUUUUAACAAACAAAAUAAUCAUAUUCAUUCAAAUCAGAAUAAUAUUUUUGUAAAUAUUUGUAAUGAAAACUUUCAGGGAUAACACAUUGGUAACUUUUUUCCCUAUUUUCCAGGGGUACAUUUUUGAGGGUACUUACGUUUUACACACAUAACUGCCAAUGCUCUCUCUAAUUCCUUCUAAAAUAUGUGAAUUAUUGUAUUUAUAUUUAAAAAAUAAUAAAUGACCUGUAGACUUAAAAUAA